AUGACGCUACUGUCACGAUGCAGCAACGCCAGCGCGACACGGUGGGUCUCGAGCGGCCUCUUGCCACUCCCGCCGUCGGCUGCGGUGGGGGCGAUGGAUAGUCUGGUCUAUCACCACUGUAUGCUCUACUGGGUGAAGCUCUCGUGCGAGGCGAUGCUGCAGCGCGACGGUGUGCUCCUCCCGCUGGCCCUUGAUGCCGCACGAGACACGCUGCGCUUUGUCGUGCAAGAUAUUUGCUGUGUGCGGCUCGCCACGGCUCCACGCUGCCUGCCCACCUGGCGGUUGUUAGACCAGGUGCUGAGUGAGCUUUUGCUCCACCAGCAGAAGCAGAAGCAGGUGGAGACUUGUGGUGAUAUGGAUUUGACCCCCGAAGCGGGUGUGGUGCGGCGCAUGCUGCUUUACCUCCGCCACUACAUCAUCCGAUACUUGGAAACGCGGGACCGCCCGUUGGAGGGGCAGUGCGGAUUCCUGCACUACCGUGGUGUAUUUGAUCGUGAAUCGGGAGGCGUAAACGGCGGUGGUGUUGCCUCUGGCGAGCGGCAUGAUGAAGAAUAUGGGGAAUGUGACCCGGCCCUUUCCGCCCAGGACCUGUGUGAUGCGUUGCUGCGACUUUGUGGAGGGCGUGACACAACUGGAGGUCAUUCUACCGGUGGGGAGUGCGGAUCAGAUGGUGAUGAUGGCAGUGGCGGGGGUGCCGCUCUUGUUGACGUGGUGGCGUUGGAGACAUUUCUGUACAACUACUUUCUCCAAAGCGCGCCUGCAGCGUUUGAUCGUCUUCCUAAGUCACAGGAGUAA